AUGGCGACUGAAAGGAACAGACACAGUGGGCUGCCAGCAGACUUCGAGUUUGACUUCAUACACACACAACCAGCUGAUCGAUACCAGCGACAAUUCAGCCUUCUAAAUCGAUUCGGCCUUCAAUCAAAUAUAAUCAUCGCGGCAGCAUACACAAAUGUUGAAGCCAAGAAUACGGUGCUUUCUAAAGAAGUGGUUUACCCGGCCUUUCGACGGGUUAUACGGCAAUACCCAGAGCUUGCUAUGAUAUAUUUUGACGGUCCAUCUGAGACAAAGAAAUCGAAUCAUCGGUGCUGGUCUGGUUUCUUGCGCAGUGUCAACCUUGAGGAUCAUGUGAAGUUCCUCGAAAUCUCCGAAGAUGAAAAGGAAAUUGAUAUGACUGGUCUGAUCGAGCAAUACCACCGGGUCUGGUUUGAUCAAUCAGCGCGACCACCUUGGCAAUUUGUCGUGAUCAACGGGAGACAAACUUUGCUCGUAUUUGACCACUACCUAACAGACGGGCGUGGGGCUACUCUCAUCCUAGAUAGCCUCCUUGAAGCACUGAAUUGCCCGGCCCGAGACGAAGACAGUUCAUCUAUUGUCCAUCUGACUUCGAUGCCAAAAGGGUUCCCUGAGGUAGAUCCAGUCGAACUGUUGGGGAAAAAACCAUCCGUGUUAUUGGCCAUCCUGACUUAUUUGCGCUUUUUGUGUAUUUCCCUCUUUUACAGGGGGACUGAUCUUUUCUUUCACGACGCAAACUACAAGGAACGGAAGUUUUCGUUCGAUGAUCCGAGAAAAGAAGAUAAUGCAGUGAUCACCAAGCUUGAUACUCUUCGCCUGGACGCUCAGACAAUGAGCAAAUGCCUCAGUGCAUGCCGCGAACAUCAAACCUCAUUUACAAGCCUUCUACACACGCUCAUCAAGGUUAGUCUGGCAACGGACUUCUACCCAAAAGCCAAGUUCAGCCAUUCCGAGACCGUUAUCGAUGUCCGGCCUUACCUGCCUACUCAGGACCGAGGAAGAAUCAUAAGCACUGCCGUCUCAAUGAUAUCGAGUUUUGACUGGAUUUCAAAGUUUCGUCGAGCAGGCCAGAGCCCAGAUGAAACAGGCAACUCCAUCGUGAACGCCGAGCUAAUAUGGGACUUAUCGCAAAAGCAUAAAGCACAUAUCUUGAACGACCUGAAACACAAAAUGUCAUGGAUGCAAGCCUGGCUCACCAUCCGCAUGAUUGGAGAAGACGAGGAAGACUAUGUUACUACUCUUUUGCCCGGUUAUAAGCUUCUCCAAAACAACGCGUUUGCAGUAUCUAAUUUGGGCGCUUUCCCCUCUACCCAUUCGAGGUCCCAUGGACCGUGGGCUAUUUCGAGCAUGGAAUUUUCGGCCGGCGCCAUUAAAGCUGGCAUAGGUCCUGAUCUGACCUUCAAUACCAUUGGUGUCCAAGAUUCUGCCACAGUCAUCCAUGUCAGUCAUGAAGAGGGCAGCCUCCCAGAAGAAUUCGUCGGUACUCUUCUUGACCAGAUACAGAAACGGAUGAUGGCAAUCAUCUAG